ACUUCAAUGACUGACACGGACAGUAUAUCAGCAUCGGAUUCCCACAAGCAGUUCGAGGAUGCGAAGCCCAAGGGUAAGGUUCUCCUAGAUUUUGACACAGCUCCCCUACCACCAAGAGGCAAUGUUCUCACCGGUUGGUCGACUUUGACCAAGUCGAUCAUCGGAGCUGGUAUGCUGAGCUUUUCUGAUGCACAGGCUGUUUGUGGGUGGGCAUUGGGUCUCGUCCUUCUGGUCGUCUUUGCCCUCUUAUCUCACUUCUCCUUACACCUGAUAAGCAGGUGUGCCAUGAAGAUGCCCGGUAAAAGGCUGAGCUACAGUACCUUCGCUGUGUUUGCUGGUUAUCCAAGCAUGCCACUAUUCAUCGACUCCCUCAUGUUCAUCCACAAUGCCGGUAUCGAUACCGCUUACCUACAGGUCUUUUCUAGCCUUGGUUUGGCCCUUAUCGAAACCUGGUCCCCCGGUUCAACAAGCGAGACUAGAUUCUGGAUCCGAGUUGGUCUCAUCGGUUUCAUCCUCCUUCUGCUCUUGCCCAUCUGUUUCCUCAAGAGAAUAACAUACACUGCCAUCACCAACUUCAUCGGACUCUGCCUUUUCCUCUAUGCAGUAGCUGCCGGUGUUAUCUACUCCUUCAGUGUAGACGAACAAGUCGGGGAGCGCUACGUCGGGAUACCGCCGACCACAACCAUUUGGUCGAUUUUGUCGGUUUUUCCGAUCUUCAUUUUCGGCUACUCUUGUCACUUCAAUCUGCCUUCGGUUGCCGAGGAUAUGGUCAACCGCGACAUGAAGAAGUUGACUACCACAUCGGUCUCCUCUAUAGCGGUCGCCCUUAUCUUCUACGCCCUCGCAAUGACAGCGCCUUACUACGCUUUUGGUGAUACAGUCGAGUCCAACUUUUACCUCAACUUGCCGAUAUCCAACAUCGCCAUACACAUCGGUUAUAUCGCUCUACCAUUCGCCGUGCUCACUGCGUUCCCAUUGUUGCUCUUCCCAGCAAGGCAGUCCAUCUCGAGUGUUGUGACCUAUUACUUCCCUAAUCUACAGGAUACCCUAAAGUUGCAUAUCGGAACGACAGUAUCAUUCCUAAUCAUCUGUACGGUUCUGGCAAUCAUCUUUGAGGACCUUGGUGUUACCAUUCAGUUCAUCGGCAUCAUCGGUACCAACUUCCUCGCUUUUGUAAUACCCUGCUUUGUCUACUUGAACAUAUGCCUCGUGCGCCCGGGUGAGGGUAGUGCUGAUCGGAAGGCAUCGUGGAGGGAAGUGUUCGGCCAUCAGUCUGUUGAAUGGUAUCUAGCCUUAACCCUCUUUGUCACUAGUAUACUCUUUUUCCCUCUCUGCCUCACAGGACUAUUGUACAGCCUCAUUGUCAGUUGAAUGGUGUCUAUAAAAGACACAACAUUCCUGAUAGUUUUUUCACCAAAGUGGUGAUAACCAUUGUUUCCGCGCAAGCAGGAAAACUCUGGUUUUCUUUCAUCAGAGAUUCGGAUCUCGUUAUUAGAGGAUUAUCUUAUAUAAAGGGGGAAUUAUC